GGCGGGCGCGAAGGCGGGCUCUGGAGGCCGCUCGGGGGCUCCGGCUGCAAACCCGGCGGAGACACGGGGCUUCGAGCGGCAGCGAGGCGGUUCUCUAUGGGGCAGUAUUAAAUCUGCCAGAGGUUGAUUCUGAACUUUUCUCAUCCUGGAAGAGCUCAAUGCUCAAAACAUUCAAGGGAAUAUUAAAGAAUCUGCAAGCACAAUGGAUGGCUUUUAUGACCAGCAAGUCCCAUUCAUGGUCCCUGGGAAACCUUGCGGAGAUGAAUGCCGAGGGAGGCCAAUGAAUGACAGAAAAAGGAAGUUUCAAGACACCGACUUGGCUCAUGAUUCUGAAGAAUUGUUUCAAGAUCUCAGCCAGCUUCAGGAGGCUUGGCUAGCUGAAGCCCAAGUUCCUGACGAUGAACAGUUUGUCCCCGAUUUCCAGCCCGAUAACUUGGUACUUCAUGCACCUCCCCCAGCUAAAAUCAAGAGGGAACUCCACAGCCCUUCGUCUGAGUUGUCCACCUGCAGCCAUGAACAGGUCCUCUGUGCUAAUUAUGGAGAAAAGUGCCUCUACAACUAUUGUGCCUACGACAGGAAGCCCCCUGCCGGGUUCAAGCCAUUAACUCCACCUACUACCCCAGUAUCCCCUGCACUCCAGAGCGGCCCCCUUCCUCCUCCCCCACCUCUUCCAGCGGCACCUGUGCAGCAGCCUCCUCCUCCCCAGGUUCCCACCACAGCAGGCCCAUUGCAGGGAGCACCCCCUCCACCUGCCCCUCAUGCUCUUCAGGAACCAAGGCAGCAAACCUUUGCUGUUCCUCGACCACCUCACCAACCCAUGCAGAUGCCAAAGAUGAUGCCUGAAAACCAGUAUCCAACAGAACACAGGUUUCAGAGACAGAUGUCUGAACCUUGCCACCCUUAUCCUCCACCUGGACUUUCUGGGGACAAUCGCCCGGUCUACCACAGGCAGAUGUCAGAGCCUAUUGUCCCUGCUGCCACUCAUCCUCCUCAGGGAUUCAAGCAGGAAUACCAUGACCCACUCUAUGAUCACGGGGUCCCAGGCAUUCCAGGCCCACCAACACAUGGAUUCCAGUCUCCAAUGGGAAUCAAGCAAGAGCCCAGGGACUAUUGCAUUGAUUCAGAAGUGCCUAACUGCCAGUCAACAUAUGUGAGAGGAGGAGGAGGAGGAGGCUAUUUCCCCAACAGCCAUGAUGGGUUCUCCUAUGAGAAGGAUGCCCGAUUGUACUUUGAUGAUACAUGUGUCGUUCCAGAGAGAAUGGAAGGCAAAGUGAAGCAAGAACCCACAGUGUACCGUGAAGGGCCUCCUUACCAAAGACGAGGGUCACUCCAGCUGUGGCAGUUUCUUGUCACACUCCUUGAUGACCCAGCCAAUGCUCACUUUAUUGCUUGGACCGGCAGGGGAAUGGAAUUCAAGCUAAUUGAGCCAGAAGAGGUUGCUCGUCGGUGGGGAAUUCAGAAGAAUCGGCCAGCUAUGAACUAUGACAAGCUCAGUCGGUCUCUUCGCUACUACUAUGAAAAAGGCAUCAUGCAGAAGGUGGCUGGAGAACGGUAUGUCUACAAGUUUGUUUGUGACCCUGAUGCCCUCUUCUCCAUGGCCUUCCCUGACAAUCAGCGCCCAUUCUUAAAAGCUGAACCUGACUGCCAUGUGAAUGAAGAUGACACCUUACCUCUCACACACUUUGAAGAUAACUCUGCAUACCUCCUAGACCUGGAUCACUGCAGCAACCUCCCCUAUGCUGAGGGCUUUGCUUACUGACUGGCUGAGCAGCUGACACUACAGACUCCAGUUCCAACAAUUAAGGGCAAAUGGGUUUUGUAAAGAAUUUUUGCUGUUCAUAAAACUGCUCUUUGCAAAUAUUAUCAGAAGAGACAGAAAAAUAAUAACUUCACGGCCCUCCCAACACGAAGACAAUAACCUGGCUGGUCAGUAGGACCUCCAAUUGCUGGUCGCUUCAGCUCCAACCACAAAGAAUGAUGGGAGUGUAUGUUCCAGUGGGGUGUAUUCUGGGCCCUGUUGCUAGGGGUAUGUGUGCAAUGCACAUGCUUGCAAGACUUGAAUAGACAGUAUGUGAUUAGCAAAUUGUCAAGAUAAUACGCUAUGUAACAAUCACAAUCUUUGUAUCUACCUUGUAUAAUGGAAAAGGGCUUUCAUUUGCAGAGGGCAAAAGGACCGACGCUGGUCAAGCCCUUUGGAACGGGUCAUGGCUUAGCGUGGUGCUUCUGGCAUGGCUGAAUUAGCACAGCCCCUCUCAGUUCUCAGUGCACAGCUCUUCAGACAAGAUAGCCUUUUUUCUGAUUUGGUUUGAUGUUUUGGUCUCUGAUAAGCAACCCAUGCUUAAAGGAAAGCACUUAAGCGCUAGAUCUCAACACGCCCAGCUGUCCCUUGGCCACCCUCUCUGUUGCAAGGCUGUGCAUGGAUAGCUUGCUUUUAGGGAGGAAAGAGGGUUUGGCCAAACCUCUUUUUAUGUUGUGGGGCGACCUUUGUAACUAGAUUUUUCUAGGGUUUUGUAUCUUAAGAAAAUCCUGCCUUUUGGCAAAGCUUCUGCUUUUUUGCUUCCAGCAGUGCUGACACUAAGGGCACUCCAGCAUGGGGUGGGAGAGAGGUUUCCUGCCCUUCAUGCGUAUAUCUGCUUCAAACAUUUCUACACUGGAUCCUUCCCAGGACACUUUGUACAGUGUGCGCUGUAUUGGGGGAGGCAAGGGUGCUCCUAUGCAGUAGCAAACGCACGUUGUUUUUUCUGUGACUGGGAACCAUAUGUAUAUAAUACAAGACAACCCCAGCCACUGAACUUUCCCAAGGUAGCACAGUUCUGACUCGACGGCAGCCUUGCCUUGUUGUUGUUAAACUACCUUUCCUCAUUGAGCUUAUAAGCAAGAAAAGGGUGCAAGAUCUGUAUGCAGAAAUAUUUUUAGCUUAAUUUGUAAGUUAUGUUACACUUUCAAAUGCUUCAUGCAAGUUGGAUAUUUUAAGAUUUUUUUAAAAAAGAGAAAAAAAAUUUGAGUUUGUAAAAAUUCAGAGAAAGGGGAAAGAUCUACGUUGUUCGGUACAUACAGAUAUAUAUAUAUAUAACAUCUCUGGGACCUUCAGAAAGUCCCUUUUCUCCUUCCUAUGAGCAUUGUUGGCAUGCACCUGUAAUGUGCUUGGCCCAAAUAUGCAUAACUUUCCCCAUGGGCUCCAUGUUUUGUUGUAAAUGCUGUAUAGGAUUUCUUUUUCUGCUUUGAUAACUUUGUUUGGGUUUUUGACUAACUUCACUUUUUUUUUAAGUAUGAAGAUUAACUCUUUGUAGACGACUCAGCAACUCUCCCCAGAAUGUAUAAAGUGGCCUGUCACAAAGCACAGGGCAGCAGCGAACUCUGCUGCCACCCCUAAUUUGCCCCAAGGCUUAAUCAGACCGGUGGGGUUUGCCGUGUGGGUUUUUGUUGAAUUUUGGAAUGGGAAGUCUCUAGCGCAGAAGGGUUAAUCUGAGGAUUGAUGUGAAAUUACUAUUGCCUGAGCAGGGCCAUAUAGUAUAUCUCCUGCAAAAGCUGCAUUACAUUUCUGUACUGUGUACAAUAAAGGAUUUUUUUGCUCUCUGUUCAGGCA